UAGCAAAUUCCACUUCCUUAUUUAUUGUUUUGGCUUGACACACAUUGAUUCAUCCACUGCCUCCGUGGAAACCAGAUUCUCUCACCGAUCUUGUGGAAGAUGACUGAAGCAACACGCAUCACUCACCCUGAUCAACUACGGGAGCUCUAUCGCACAAGACUGUCUCAUUUCAACAACGACGCAUCCGAGCCGUCAUCUGAACUAGUCUCGCAGACACAGCAGGUGAAGCUAGUUUUAUUGCAGCCUCUCGCUAAUGUUGAUAUACUUGAAGCUUGCCGUGAUCUAGGUUCGCGCCAAAUUCGCAAUAGCAACGGUCUCCUCUGCCCUAUUUCAAACCACGAAUAUCUCGAUAUCCAAUCACUGAGCAAGGCUUGGCGGCAAGCAUUCACAAAAAUUCCUCCCAUUCCCCGACUGAUAUUUGAUCUUGUUCUACCGAAAGAAGAUGAGAAGAGCAAAGGUUUAUUUCAGAGAAUAUACUGGGACACUGCCAUGCCCCAAGAAGAUAGUAUCGGUGUUCGGGCUCGAAAUGUUAUGAGUCUCGCUAUUACUAUCGCCACUGAGAUGAGGAUGCGAUCGAAUGUGGAUGUGUCGUUCGAGGUUAUAUAUGACGAGAUGGAAGGGGUGUCGCUGAAGGGAAUGGCACUGCUGAAGAAACAGCUUCUUGCCCUGAGUAAAACCAAGAUUUCUAAAUUUGAAGAUAGGGCCGCAGGUUAUAAGGACCAAGAUAAUAUAGAAUGAGAUUCGCGUGACUAACAAUCCCUAGCUCGUCUAUAUAUUUCUCUUCAUUCGGAUUGAU